UUCUAACCACUGCAUUAUACUCAAAUGCAUUCUUAAAACCGUACGUGUUAUUAUAAAUAUAAACACAGUUAACAAACAAAAAGGAGAAGAAUAAUACAUAUAUAGCCUUCUCUAGUUGAAGCCUUUCUCUCAGCUAAUGCCAGUCAAGGGCUUGGCCAUGAUGAAGGCCACCACAUCAAAAUCCAUGGUUAUCAAGAUAUACCUUGCUUUCAUAGCCUGCUUCCUUGUCGCCUAUGCCGCCGUUUUCCUCUGGCCGUCGUCGUUCUAUCAGAAGAUUGCCCCACCCUUCAUACGGUGCACGUUGCGCAAUUGUCAUUUGAAGAAGGAUGAAGAUGGAUUUAAGAUGAAAGCUGUUUUGGAGACUAAGCUGCAUGAGAAGAGAGCUAUUCUUGAGAAGCCUAGCUUUAUAGAUGAGAUAAUCAGAAACAAGACGAUUGGUUUGGUUAAUAUGGGUGAUGAUUAUGAAAUAGGUGGUUGGGAUGGUGUAAAAAAGGCGGUGGUGGUCCGCUUUGAUCGGGUAUCGGAUCUUUUCAAAUGGAAGGACUUGUUUCCGGAGUGGAUUGAUGAGGAAGAAGAUAAUGAUGGCCCAUCAUGCCCCGAAAUACCAAUGCCGGAUUUUACAAUGUAUGAGGACAUGGAUGUGGUCGUGGCCCAGUUGCCAUGUCGUUACCCGGAAGAAGGUUGGAGGAGAGAUGUGCUACGGCUCCAGAUUCAUUUGAUUGCAGCGAAUUUGGCGGUGAAGAAAGGUGGAAGAGAGAGGAUGAAGGUGGUGUUCUCGAGCUCUUGUCGACCGAUGGUGGAGAUCUUCCGAUGUGAUGAUCUCGUAAAAUGGGACAGUGAUUGGUGGUUGUACGAACCCGAUAUUGAGAGACUGGAACAGAAGCUUUCUAUGCCGGUUGGUUCUUGCAAGUUGGCAUUGCCGCUAUGGGGCGAAGCAAUAAAUGAAGUGUACGAUCUCUCGAAAAUAACCAUGUCGAAGAGUCCUCCAAAAAGAGAAGCGUACGUAACGGUCAUCCAUUCAUCUGAAGCGUACGUUUGUGGGGCCAUAACCCUAGCCCAAAGCCUUAUCAAGACAGGCACCAAGCGCGACCUAAUCAUCCUACUCGAUCGAUCAAUCUCACAAGAAAAACGCCAAGCACUCAUCGAAUCCGGGUGGAAAAUCCGUGAGAUCGAGCGCAUUCGGAAUCCUAAAGCUGAGAACAACUCCUACAAUGAAUACAACUACAGCAAAUUCCGCCUGUGGCAGCUCGUCGACUACGAUAGGAUCAUCUUCAUUGACUCAGACAUUGUCGUGCUACGCAACCUCGAUAUUCUCUUCAACUUCCCACAAAUGUCCGCCACCGGAAAUGAUGAUGUGAUCUUCAACUCAGGAAUUAUGGCAAUCGAGCCAUCGAAUUGCACUUUCCAAAUCUUAAUGGACCAACGAGAUGAGGUAGUAUCCUACAAUGGUGGGGACCAAGGAUUCUUGAAUGAGGUGUUUGUGUGGUGGCAUCGAUUGCCAAGGAGAGUGAAUUUCUUGAAGAAUUUCUGGGCGAACACGUCAGCGGAAAUGAGCAUGAAGAACCAACUCUUCGGAUCGGACCCACCGAAGCUCUACACCAUACAUUUUCUUGGGCUUAAACCAUGGCAUUGCUAUAGAGACUAUGAUUGUAAUUGGGAUCUCAGCCAGCAACGUGUCUACGCAAGCGACGUAGCACAUGAAAGGUGGUGGAAGGUGCACGACGCUAUGAAUGAAACGUUGCAGAGGUUUUGCGGACUGACGCCGAAGCGGAAGGUAGAAUUGGAUUGGGAUAAGAAGAAAGCCGGCGAGAUGGGGUUCUUAGACGAGCAUUGGAAGUUGAACAUUUCGGAUCCGAGACGGCACACAUAAUCAUAUUUUGUUACCCAUUAUUUCUUUUCUUUUCUUUUCUUUCUUUCUUUUUUGUUGUUUUAAUGUUACCGAUUACAUUGAACAUUUUGAUAGUUUGAUUUGUGUUCUUUUAUAAAUUAUUUUGUGCA